AUGCCCGACACGUCCGCCAUGCCCUCUUAUUCAUGUAAUCUAUGUCUCUGUGUCGGACAGAAAUGGACAGAUUACCAGCUGAUGUGGGACGAGUCGGACUACCGUGGCAUCCAGGUGCUGCGCCUGCCCCCCGACAAGGUGUGGAAGCCUGACAUCGUGCUCUUCAACAAUGCCGACGGCAACUACGAGGUCCGCUACAAGUCUAACGUGCUGGUGCACCCAAACGGAGAAGUGCUGUGGAUCCCACCUGCUAUCUACCAGAGCUCGUGCACGAUCGACGUCACGUACUUCCCGUUCGACCAGCAGACCUGUGUCAUGAAGUUCGGCUCGUGGACCUUCAACGGCGACCAGGUGUCGCUGAAGCUCUUCAACAAUAAGGAGUUCGUCGACCUCUCCGACUACUGGAAGUCGGGCACCUGGGACAUCGUCGAAGUGCCCGCCUACCUCAACCAUAAGAACCAGACCUCCCCGAAGGAAACGGACAUCACGUUCUGGAUCACGAUCCGGCGCAAGACGCUCUUCUACACGGUGAACUUGAUCCUGCCCACGGUGCUGAUCUCGUUUCUGUGUGUGCUCGUGUUCUAUCUACCGGCCGAGGCGGGCGAGAAGGUCACCCUGGGAAUCAGCAUCCUGCUCUCCCUGGUCGUGUUCCUGCUGCUCGUCUCAAAGAUCCUGCCGCCGACGUCGCUGGUGCUGCCGCUCAUCGCCAAGUACCUGCUCUUCACCUUCGUGAUGAACACUGUCAGCAUCCUGGUGACUGUGGUUAUAAUCAACUGGAACUUUCGGGGGCCGCGCACCCACCACAUGCCAAACUGGAUACGCGUCGUCUUCCUCAAGUAUAUGCCUAUUUUCUUAUUUAUGAAGCGUCCGAAAAAGACUCGCUUGCGGUGGAUGAUGGAGGGCCCGGGUGCGGGGCCGGCCGGCGGGCCGCCGGGCGGGCACGUGCCCUCCUACAGCAGCCCCGACCUGUCGGCCAAGUACACCAAGCCCAAGAUGGAGGCCAUGGAGCUCUCCGACCUGCACCACCCCAACUGCAAGAUCAACCGCGGCGGGCUGGAGCCGCCUUCGGACAUGCGGCGCGACAGCGACGCCUCCGACUCCGUCUUCCUCACGGCUGAGGCCUACAAGGCCACCGAGGCCGUCGAGUUCAUCGCCGAGCACCUGCGCAAUGAGAACGAGUACAUCCAGAUUCGCGAGGACUGGAAGUACGUCGCCAUGGUGAUAGACCGGCUUCAGUUGUACCUCUUCUUCGCGGUAACGACAGCUGGAACCAUCAGCAUCCUCAUGGACGCUCCUUUCAUCUUCGAGUACGUCGACCAAGACAAGAUUAUCGACAUCUACCAAGGCCGGUAGACAGCCACCGCCGCACUGGGGGCAGACCGCCACUUCGUCACAACAGGCGUCGUCCUCCGGCCACUUCUGUGCCCACCGCCAGCGCGCCCGCCGUGGGGUCGCCGUCGUCACGGCCUGUCGGUGACGUCUGCAGGCUGUGGCGUGGUCCAUCGGUGACGCCUGCAGGCUGUGGUGUGGUCCGUGGGAACCCGGACGAGUGUUGGUGCGCUGCUGCCGAUGUUGGCCGGCGGAUUCUGAUGACUGUGCUCCGGCCAAGCAGCAUCAGGACCGGCAGACCCGAGCUAGCUGCUGCUGCUCCUGCUAGCCGCUGUGGUGUGGUGAGUGUUUUCGAUGAGUGUUGCGUACAACCGGGAGGUGAAUCACCUUGAACUGAAAAGGGCAAUCGCGGGAUUGCAAGCUCAUAACAACCGAGGCAGAUGGCAGGUGUGCUCGCGAGAAUUCACUGGCUGCGACAAUUCCAAACAUCAACCGAAAUCCACCCAUGGUGUUGUCGUGCGGAUUCGCUUGGUAAGCGUGUAAUCACCACUCAAACCUCCACCGCUAACCGACGUAGACACGCAUGGGAACACAUCAUGAGCGUGCAGUAUCGGCCAACCACCCCUCGACGCCAGCAAGCUUACUGAACUGAGACUAAGGGCAGCGCGACAGGCGGGCUUCCACACGGGCUAGCCGGAGCGCAUGAGUGCCCUGCACGUUGUGCGCAUACAAGCGGCAGUGAUGCACCAGCGUGGCUCUGCUCAUUUCGCCCCACCCCGC